AUGAAAGUCGGCUUGCUUUUCGGACUGUUACUGUCUGCCGCAACGGCGCAACGCGACCAACAGCUCCUCGUCGACGAGAUUGACGCCGCAGCUCAGCAGCUCCAGAUCAACUACUACAACGACCACAGCUGCACGCAAUAUGCUGGAAGUGUCGGCGUUGGUUGGGCCGGUGAGUUUGGAACAGGCACUACAAAUUGCUACGACUACCACUACGGCACGUCUGUGAAUAUUGCUUCGUGCUCGUUUGGCAACACCUGCACCUGCUUCUGGUACUACAAAGCCGGAUGCUCGGGCGACUACAGCUCGCUUCAUGCAUCUGGCCGUGGCGCGGAGAACUGCAUCAAGAACUCGAAUGCGUACCAUUCUUUCCGGUGCUUUUAUUACAACAAGCCGCCAAACAGAGCGGGAUAA